UUUGGCUCAAAGCUCAAGGGUUCAGCCCAGACAGUUUUCCUUUCGGGUCGUAAACACCCCGGCCGGCGGCCAUCCAGCCGUCGACAGGCCAUGAGGCUUUGGACACUUUUGGUGCUGCUGGUGCCCAGCGCCGCCGUGAAAGAGCUUUUCACGGCCAAGGAAUUCAAGGAUCUGCUCGCGGAAGCCAAUGGCCGACCCAUUAUUCUGGACUUCUAUAGCAUGUCUUGUGGUCCCUGCCACAUGAUCGCGCCGGUCUUCCGCAAGAUCUCCAAGGACUUUGCCGGCAAAGCCUACUUCCGAAAGGUGGAUGUGGGCAAGAAUCAUCAGUUGGCAAGUCAGCAGGGCAUCCGUUCCAUGCCCACAUUUCAAUUCUGGCUCCGCGGCAAGAAGCGGCACCAAUUCUCUGGCGCGGAUGAGUACUCCUUGCGGGAAUGGACUCGGAAGCUGGUCGAUGAGGCGGAUCGUGACGACAUCGUCGUGACGCGGGAGGCGCUCGAGGAGUUUUAUCACAAGCACGAUCCUGCCAAAGCAUCCAAAGAGAGUAUCGACACGAUCUUGCAAAAGAACAGCAAGGACUUUCCGACCAUGGUUCGGCUGCUGAAGAAGAAGUAUGGUGAGGGGCCAAAGACAUCGCCACGACCCAAGUCUGAAAAGAAAGAGGAGACAAAGAGUACGGGCGGCCCGAACCUGCAGGCGGCCACAUUGGAGGAAUUGAAGCACGAGAUUGAGAGGCGGGAAGAAGAUGUGGCUGAAGCCAAGGCCGAGGAGGAGGAGUUGCGGCUGGAACACAACCCCUGCACAUUGUACCGAAACCGCACCAACAAUGCUAUUGAGCGCGUGGUGAUCAUUGGAGGAGGGCCCGCGGGAAUGACUGCGGCCAUCUAUGCGGCACGGUCCAAUCUAUGCCCUUUGGUGAUUGCACCAUCCAUGGGUGGCCAACUGAUGGCCAAGGGUGUGGAUGUGGAAAACUAUCCAGGCUUGCCACGUGAGAAUGGAGGUAUGAUGAUUCAGGUGAUGAAGCACCAAGCUCGGAGCUUCUAUGCCGAGGUCUGGGACGAUCAUGUCAUUGGCGUCAAUACGACGGCGCGGCCGUUUCAGAUCUUCACGAACAACUCCGGGCUGGUUCAGGCUCACACGAUCAUCGCGGCCACGGGAGCCAAUAGCAAAUGGCUUCAUGUGAAAGGCGAAUGGGAGUUCCGUGGGCACGGCGUGUCGAGUUGCGCCACCUGCGAUGGCUAUUUGUACAAGAACAAGGCCUGCGCCGUGAUCGGUGGCGGCGACAGUGCCAUGGAAGAGGCCUUGGUCUUAGCAAGGAUCUGCAGCUCGGUCGACCUGCUCCACCGCCGCGACGCCUUCCGGGCCUCGCUGGUGUUGCAGCAGCGGGUGCUGAACCAUCCCAACAUCCGAGUUAGAUGGAACACAGCGGUGAAGCGCUUUGUGGGGAAGACCACAGAGGUUGAGGGCGUGGAGCAUAAGGAGCUCACGCAUUUAGAGCUCAUGGACACCCAGGACAGCUCCAAAGAUGACCUGGUUCCCAUGGAGGCGGCCUUCAUUGCCAUUGGCCACGACCCCAACACCCGGCUCUUCCGGGGACAGGUGGACAUGGACGAGACCGGCUAUCUCCAGGUGACCGGCAGCCGGACCUCGGUGCCGGGCUUCUUCGCCGCCGGCGAUGUGGCGGACCAUGUCUACCGACAGGCCAUCACGAGCGCGGGCUCGGGCGCCAUGGCGGCGCUCGAUGCGGAGAAGUACCUGGAUGAGAAUCCGGUGGAGGAAGACACUUGCGUGAAGCAGGAAGACUUCCAGACUUGGUCGCUCAAGGAUCUUCGCGAACAGGUGAAGUUAUUGGGUGUGAACUGCGUGGCGUGCCGAGAGAAGCAAGACUUCAUUGCCUCCCUCCAGGCCACAUUCUGAGAAUCCGCGAAUCCGCGCCAGUGACGGGCGCUGUGAUCGGCGCGGCGAUCGUUCUAAGACAUGCACCAGACGACCAGAGUGAAUUCGCUGAAGUCCGGGAGUACUGAGCACACUAGACAUACAUUGACA